GAAACUAUCAGAAACAGAUCCACUAUUUUACAAAACAGUUUUUCAAAUAUUAUUCUUAAACUAUGGAUGGUGUUUGUUUAUGAUCAUCAAUAGGUAAAGAUGUCAGCUUAUGCGCAUCAGAUGGAGAGGGAACUCUCAGGUCUCACCAGCCGAGGCAACUCCGAGAUGGGAAGUAGGUUUUCGAUAGACUCUGGAUGUUACAUGACAUCUCUGGCAGCUACCAUCUUCAUUGCUUCUCUUGUGACAUUCGGUGUGUUGAUGCUUACACUUCUUAUAGCUAUAUCAACCAUGUUACAAAGCUGCGAAAACAAAAGUUCUGGAAUCAUUCAGGUUCAAAGACUUGUUGAUGAUGAGAGUUUGAGUUACUGCAGAAUCUUGUCUCUACACUCUAAGCUCAAUAGUUUGGAUGAUGAUGAAGAGAGUAGUAUUGAGUUACCGUUGUUAUGCAGAGACAUUGGUUUACAAAGAAUCAAAGAAGGAGUAUACUUGAGAGAGUUGAACUUCACUAUCCAAAUGGUUCUCACUUACUUCAAGACCAUCAAACCGAGGAAUGAUCACAUGGAUGUUGUUGUGGUCGAUGUUGAUGACAUCAAUCUGAUAGAACAAGAGAGUUACAUUGAAGAAGCAAAGCAUCAGAGAAGCAAACUAACACUUGAACUAUACUCUAAGCUAAGAUCACAAGGCUAUUCAAUGGUUCUCUUAUCAAGAAGACCCGAUACAGAGAGAAACUCCACCACCAAUAAGUUAAAAUCUAGAGGAUAUAGCGACUGGUCCGGUUUGAUCAUGAGGGAAGAUACAAGACAGAAGGAAGAGUUAGAAAGAGACAACCGCAUAGUUGGAGUCAUUGGUAAUCAUAUGGAUGUGUUAACAGGCCAGUGGAACUGGCAAAGCAAGCGUCUAUUCAAGCUUCCAAGUCUUACCUAUAAUGAUAUCUUUGGAGUACAGUGAAAGAUGUUGAGACCAUGGACUCUACUUUUCAAAUUUCAAAUGUGCAUAGGUUUUCAAGAGUUUCUGUGAUAUAGUUACAUAUACCAUUCAAAGAUAAAGUACAUAAUGUAAGAUUGAUCACAUUCAUGGUACCAUUUGUGAUAUAUAGUUUGGGUACCAUUUCAAAGAUAAGGUACAAUAGUGUUGUUUUAAAAGCUGCAUAGUUGUUAGAAUCACAACAAGAACAAACUCAGUAGAGUAAAAGUAACACAAUCACAGACACAAAGUAAAAAACACUCUGAAACCAGUUUUGGUAGAAACAACUUUCCAAUUUAAGAUUCAGGGACGGCUUCAACAGCAGCAGCAGCAGCAGCAGCUGUGGCGGCAGCAGCGUCGCGUUUGAUGGAAGCAGAUUUGAUGAGAUGAUUGUAACUUCCUUUCUCCUUGAAAAGCUGAGCGAAAUGGUGUUUACAGUACAGAAUGCCUUCAAGAGCUGCGUAGUUGGAUGGAGAGAUUGGACAGCCUCCAUGUGAACACUUGAAGCAAGACUUAUGGUAACACUGGCUCUCCACAGUUACCUUUUCGAUAGGGUACACGGUUUUACUGCAAGUAGCGCAUUUAUCUUGUGUUCCAGAGAACAUUCCAGCAAGUUUGCUAGGUGUCUUUGUCUGAAAACAACCACGAAGAGAUCAUGUAUACUAUAUAAGAACAUGGGGAGCAUUGUUUAAGAGAGAUAUUUACCA